AUGAUAUCUGGAAAAGUAGAACAGGCAUCUACAGUAAUGACCACUUCAUCUCCACUUGGUAAUCAAGUUUUUGAGAAGUUCAUCAUAGAUUUUUUAAAAGACUCUGAUAACUAUGCGAAUGACCAUUUGAUUCUUAAAAGUGAAAUCAGAAAAGAUUUUUUUCGGAAACGUCUGUUAUUACCAACAAUCGCACUUGCUGAAGAUGGUUCUUUCCAAGACAUUGAGAGGAAUACCAGCUCAAAAUAUAAUACUAUUAGUUUCCUUAAAAAUGCAACCGCAGCUGUUGCUGAAGAAUUCGUAAACGUUUGGAACGACGAUAAUAUAGCAUCCGAAAGUUUACGUGACGAAAAGAUUCAUCGAUUAGCAGUAUCACUGCUGACAAGUCAACAAUUAUUAGAAUAUAAUGCGUACGCUACCAAAAAAAAGAACCGAGCCCGAAUUCGAGAGCACCUCGCACUUUAUCGCUCGCUUUCAACACCAGCCAAGAAAGCGCUUAGAUACCUAACACGAGUUGAUUCGUCCGAACAAUUAAAAUUCGCCCGAGAUCUUCCGAGAACGAUUCAGAAGCAGCUAAAACAUUUCGCAAUUGAACAGCAACGAAUUUACGACAAAAAUUCGGCUCAUUACGGUUAA